ACAGAGGAAUGGGGCAGGAGAGAGGAGAGAGUUAAGUGCUUUUAUUUUGCCAGGGGGUGUCCACACAGGCGAUCACGUCGGCAGUAGAGGGAAGGGAAAAGAAUUUGAGUAGUGGACAGACUUUGGUUUGAUUUAUUGGAGAUCUCCUGGUUCAGCAACAGCAACUGAGAGGACAAGACAGAGAAAAGGAGGAGGGGAAAAAUAAGUGUCAAUCUGUUGAGACUUGUUUGGGAAUUUGAGGAAGGAGGGGAGGUGGAGAGAGAGAGAGGCAGCAAGAGGGAAAAGCUAGGAGAGCUCUGGCGUAAACAUUACAUUUUUCACAAGCGUUAAAGUAUUUAGAGGAAAAGAUAAAUAUUGAGUUAUUUGAAGAAAAUGAGGACGUUUGUUGUGUCACCUAGACAAUGUGAAUACAAGGAAUGAAUUCUUGUGUGUUGUGCAAUCCCAUGCUUUUGAGCUGAGCUGGACCCGGGGGGGAGACCACAGAUCUCCCCAGGACACUACAUUCAGGUUCUCCAAAUUAUGAAACUAUGGGGACCAAAAGGCCCAGCUGCACCGUCUUUGACACUUUAUCUAACAUAAACACAUCUGACCGCAAGCUUCAGCCAGGUGGAAAAAUCUCCCGGGAUCCAAGUCCGAGGCCAGUGAUGACUGCCCAGUCGGAGCGAGAGAGAGACAGCAACCGAGACCAAGACUGGAGGAGAGAAAGAGAAACAGAGAAAAUGAGGGACAGAGCCAGAUACAAAGAUAUGGACCCACGGGACAGACAUUAUGAAAGAGACCGAGCUCCUGCGCCCCGGCCCAGAGAGGGAGAAAGAGAGUGGAGGGACAGAGAGAGGAGGCAAGAAGAUGACAGGAGCAAAAAUGGGAGGCCACUGUCCAAUGUAGAGAAGGAGACUGAGAGAGAGGUAGAGAGGGGGAUGAAGAAAGGCGACACAUUCCCCAGAAUGAGAAAGAGCAGCCCAGGCCGAGGCAGAAGAAUGACGGCCUCAACUGAGAUGGGUGAAGAGAGACGAGAAAGGAGGCAGAGAGAUAGGCCAAGAAGAGAGGAGACAGAUGAGUGGGAGAGAGAAAGAGAGAGGGCAUGGCAGAGAGAAAGGUACAGAGAGAGGGAGAGAGAUGAGGUCCGUAGCAGGGCAAAGGAAGAGGGGAAAAACACUUUACGAAGACCAGAAGAUGAGAAACGUCAUAGGGAAAGAUACCAAGAGUCUGAUGUUGACUUUCAAGACAGGAGGAGAGAAGUGGGUGAUUCGUGGGACAGAAGAGAGAGGGAUGCAGGUAGAAAGAGAGAAAAGCCAAGGUUUAAUGUGGAAAACAGGGAGGUCAGGGCGUCUUCUCCACACAGAAGAAGAGACAGAGACAUCUAUUCAGAUGGGAGGGAGAGGGAAAAGGCACAGAGGAGAGAAGGAUGGAGGGACACCAGGAGUGAGGGAGACAGUGACGAGAGAGAGCUGAGGCGGGAGAGACAAAGGGAGGAGUUGACAUAUCAACACAGCAGAAGCGAGGGGGAGAGCAUGGGCAAAACAGAGAGGGAGAGAGGGAGAGAUAGGCAAGGGUACAGGGAGGAGGAGGGACAGAGAUACAGAGACAGGGACAGAGACAGAGAAGCGGAUCGGUCCAGGAGGAGGGCAGUGGAGAAGGAUAGGGAGAGGUACAGAGAGGCUGACAGGAGAGGAGCAAGGGAGGCAGACAGGGAGGGAGAAAGAUGGAGCGAAAGUGCGAGACACGUGAGGGAUGAUAGGAGACAGGAUGACAGAUACAGGGAUUACAAUCAGAGGAGAGGGAGGGAAACAAAGGAAAGGGAGGCAGACCCUAGGUGGGCCGAUAAGACAGGCAGAGGGGGCAGAUCCCCGAACAGGUCGGCUCCCAGGGUGCCGCCUCGAGCCCAGAGCAGCGGAGAGUGGAGCACUACUGAGAGUGACAGAGAUGUAGAAGAACAGAGAAAUCCAGAGAGAACUGCGGAAAGGAGAAUAAGAAGCGAGAGACAAGAGAGAGAUGGAGGAGAGACGGCAGGUGGCGUGUCUGAGCAGAGGAGGAUGUGGUUAGAGCCACAGAGGGGCAAAAAUAGAAAGGAAGAGUUUGUCGACAGAGAAAGACACACGAGGGGGGAGGAGAGGAGGAGAGAAGAAGAGAGGGGUAUGGAGUCACAGGCUGAGUGGACAAGAGAGGGGCAGAGAGUGAAAGAGGAACCUGAUGAGAGGUACUCAGACCAAAGUAGUUACAGAGGAAGACAUGGAGGGAGACACGAGCACGGGGGAGACAUAGAGAGGGAGUCAGAGGGUGUGAGUGUAGAUGGAGAGGAGGUGGGUGAAGGCUGGAGAGAAAUAGAUAAAGGAGGGAAGGAGCAUCUGUCUGAGCGCGAUGUAGGGAUAGAGGGAAGGCGGCGGAGCUGGGAUGCAGAAGGAGAGAACAUGACAGAUAACACAGAGGAGAGUGACAGAGAGGAAGAGGGUGGGAGCGAUUACUGGGGCCGCUCCGAGAGCGAAGGAGGAAGUGAGAGAGGGUGGCAGCAAGACAGAGACAGAAUGCUGUCAGGAGAGGACGGCUUUGUGACCGUGUCCAGCGGUGGAGAUGAAGAGGAUGAGAGAGAGGAGGAUGAAGAAGACGAGUUUGAGGACUGUCAGGAGUUUUGGGAAGGUGGAGAUGCAUAUGAUGACCUCUCACCUGCUGCCUUCAAGGGGCACGAGGGAGAGGAGGAGAGGAGAGAGGAGUGGACAAUGGGAAAGGAGGAGAUGGGUGAUGAAGACAGACAGGGAAGAGAGAAGUCAAAGUACGUCUUCUGUGUGAUUGGGCAAACGUUGCCCCGGUUAAGAACCAGCGAGAAGUCACCGUCACAAGUUGAUCAGGUGAAAGGAGAGGAAAAGGGCGACCCAUGUUUAGAGCGUCGACGUCAUUGUAGUGAUGACGCCACACGGCAACCUCUGGAUGACCUGCAUCCGACGCUGAGUAGACAUGAUGAAUACCCAAUCAACAACGUACCAAGAGAGGAAGGGGCAGCCAUGGGAGAAACAACUGUGGUGGAUAUCAGGUACGGAGUGUCAUCAGAGCUUCAAAGCACAGAGACUGGAGAGGAAAUCAGGUGCAAAAAGGAGCACCCGUACGCCGAAAUAGGGCCGAUUAACAGGGACUCACAGACUGAAAGGCUCCUCAUGGAGUGGAGAGACAAAAAUAAAGACAUGGUGGACAGAGAGCGGGAGCAACCUUUGCCAGUCCCGAGUAAUCCCUAUGAUGAUGUUUGUUCUGGGAUGGAUUUUGAACAACUUCAACCCAUCUUGGAUGGGAUUAAAGCCGGAGCGAUGAGCCCAGAGGAGGUGGAGGCCAUUCGGAUCCGAAUGAGCGGAGCGUGGAGCAUGUCCGAGGAGCCCAAGCGGCAUUCCCAAGCCCCCCACCUUAAAUGGGCCAAAAAUGUGGUGCGGGAGAUUCUUGGACGCUCAGAGGAGCAAACUUUGGAUGAACUUAAUGUAGACGUGGAAGGAGACCGAGGGUUCGACCGGUCCGAGACGGCGAUGGAGAAUGACAGACGACAGGAGGAGGUGGCACACGAGUCUGGAGAGAUGCCUUUUGGUACGUUGAGAACGGAGGAACAGCACUCAGAGCCAGAGCUGGAGGAGGAAGAGCUGUUGGAGGUGGAGGGAUUGAGAGGUAUGGGGCAGAUCCAAGCCGACAUGCAUGCUGACCAGUUCGCAGCUAUGCAUGGUGACACACCUACAUACACUCAUGCUGACACACUGUUAGACACAGAAGGGAAGGAGGAUCACAGUAUGGACAAGGAGACUGAGCCCUCUGGUCACUUUCAGUUAGAAAAGGCAGAUAUAGAGGUGAAAGUCAGCGAGGAGGCAGGCGACGAGGGGAAGGUGUCAGAGAAGGAGAAAGAAGCAAGGAGAGAGAAGGAGGUGGAGAUGUAUUUAUCUGUUAGCAACACGCUGUACAAGCCUAACAGCUGCCCCAUUCUUAACUGUGAAACCGGGUCUGACUUCCUCAAGCCCUCCAGAGGGGGUGAGGCGGAAGACAGGGCGGGUGAGAGUGAAGAAGAGAGGCAGGGAGAGGAGCCUGAAGAGAGAGGCACUGCAGAGGAGGUGGGGAAGAUGAGGGAGGAAGCGAGAACCGAGGUGGACACCAGACAGGUGGUGGCAGGAGGGAGACUAGAAGGGGGGACUGUUAAGAGCAGCUGCAGUUUCCGAGAUUUGGGUCCCGAGGCUCGAUUACGGAGGAGGGGGAUCCGUAAAACCACUGAAAGAAGAAAUGGAGAGCAUGUAGGAGUGGAAGAAGAGGAAGGUGUUGGAAGGGAUCGCAGGACCAGAAUAUUCUCUACAACAGAUGAUGAGGAUGAUCGGAGCAAAAGCUGGGGAGAAGUAGAGCUGAGGAAUGUUCUGGACACAAUCGACAGACGGAAAAGGAACUCAAGGUUUUUCAAUGCUGCCCAGCUCUACCAGCAGUACAGCGAGGCUGCUCAGAACUUUGAGAUCCUUCGCCAGGCCCGCUCCGAUGUCCUCUCUGUGUGCGAGGACACUACCCCGUCCCCUGCUCCCUCUCCUCCUCCUGCCCGCCGACCUCUUCCUCCGCUGCCUCCCGUCCGCCACCCCCACUCCUUGUGCCACACAAGCUCACUCACCAGUGUCAAAAGCUUGCCUCUCCCUGAGCCCCCCAAGCGUGACGACAGGUCAUCCUCCCCACGUCUAUCCAUCUCUCUCACACAGUCGUCCACGCUGUGGCGGGAGCUGCCGGGGGUCAGGAACAGUGCUGAGCUGGAGGGGCUCACAGAGGACGAGAGCCGACUACAGGAGGUGAGAUUUGAGGUGGUGACAUCAGAGGCCUCCUACUGUCGGAGUUUGGACAUUGUUGUUGAACACUUUGUCAAAUCCAAACAGCUGGGGGUGCUGUUGACCACUCAGGACAGGAACUGGCUGUUUUCCCGGCUGGCGGAUGUUCGUGCGAUCAGCCACAGUUUCUUAUCAAAGCUGGAGGAGCGUGUGGAAUCAGACAUCAUGCACUUUACCGUGUGUGAUAUCAUCGCUCGGCACUGUCAGCGCUUCAAGAUGGUUUAUGUGCCCUACCUCACCAACCAGUCCUAUCAGGAUGCCACCUACCAGAGACUCAUGAAUGAGAAUCCAGGAUUCAAGCGGAUUGUGGAGAAAUUAGAGAGAAGUCCUGUCUGUCAGAGGCUUCCUCUUCGUUCCUUCCUCGUCCUUCCUUUCCAAAGGAUCACGAGAAUUAAACUACUGGUCCAGAACAUUGUAAAGAGAACAACUCCUGGUACCGCAGAGUCGAGUCAGGCCAUCAAAGCUAUGAAACUUCUGGAGAAGUUGAUUCAAGAGAGUAAUGACAGCAUCACUCAGAUGAAAAGCAUCGAGUCCCUGGUCUCUCUCAGUGCUAAGGUGGACUUUGAGUGCAGGACUCUCCCUCUGAUCAGUCAGUCUCGGAGGCUGGUGCGGGAAGGGCCGGUCACAGAACUGAUGGAUUUCUCCUUAAAGGAUACAGAGAGGAAUAUUUAUUUGCACCUAUUCAAUGACUACUUGCUACUUUCACUACAAAAAGAAGGAGGAAGGUUCACAGUAAUCGACCACUCCCCUGUGUCAGACCUGCGUGCAGAGAACUGCCGAGUCAAACUUCACUCCCUCCAGAAGAACCUGUUUCGGCUGCACAUGUCGCACAAAGCCCUGCUGCUUCGGACUGACACACAGAGUGAUAAGCUACGUUGGAUAUCCGCUCUUUCAAGGCCACAUCCUGAAAUUGAUUUUUCUGCUGCACAAGAUUUUCCGCAGAUGCAGUGUAUCCGGGCUUUUGUUGCGCAGCAGCCUGAUGAACUGUCGCUGGAAAAAGCUGAUAUCAUUCUAGUGCACCAACAAAGCAGUGACCAUUGGGUAGAGGGGACCAGACUGUCUGAUCGGCAUCGUGGAUGGGUGCCCGAGUCCCAUUUGGAAACCAUAAGCAACUCAAGGGUCCGACAACGCAACCUGUCAGAUGCCCUCAAACUGACAACAGCCACAGCUGCUGUUUGACCAGGACGCUCAGAGUGGGACUAAAAUGAGGGACGUCCUGAAUGUAUUGUCAAGGAUGAAACUCAUUUGUAGGCUUCAAACUGCUGCAAACAGGACUAUGGAGAUUCAGUGCUGAAGUAUUGAAUUGUUCACUAGCGUGAAGCACCUGAAAUGCUGUAAGAACACAUCUCAUUGAAGCACUGGGUCUCCCUUGUUUCACUUGGUGGAACAGUGUAUUGCCUUAGAGCAAUGUGUGAACUGCUGAGGCCUGCCAAAAACACAUUAAGGACUAUGUGACUCUAUUAACUGUUAUCCACAGUACAUUACAAACAUUGUGUGUACUAUGAUACAUCAAUAAACCGGUGUUUUAAGAGAAAUAGUUUUAAUGGGAUAUCACCUUUUUCCAAGAGACGUUAUUUUUGGAAAAUGUAUUAUUAUUUGUGUAUAUUGAACAGAAUCUAACAGUUGAGUGAAUGAUGCAUGUCUAUUGCGAAGUUCACUCCUGCAUGCAGCAGUGCUGAGGGGAAUCAUGCAAAAUGUACAAGGCAAUUCAAAGAUGCACAGGGCUUACACUGUGAUAACAUUUCAAUAAAUUAAGGUUGAUGGAAUAAAAUCACAU